GUCUCUGCGCCGCCUCCUUCCCACGGUUUUCUGCCGUCGCUGGGUGCCCCUUUCCGGCUCCGGUGCUGGAUCGCCGGGGGCUCUUUGUGCGGAAAAGGCCAACAGGCGGCGGGUGCAGGUGAUCGGGCUGGUGCUUACGCGUGGCAGUGGACGGAAGGGGGAUCUCCCGAAACAGCACCGGAUUCUGGGAAGCUUGAAGAAGGGCAGAGCUAGAAGGGCAGAGCUACAACAACAUGGCUAGCAAGCCCAGAAACCAAAAGCCAGGAUGGAAACUGGCAGCCAAGGCAUCUCAGUUGAAGAGACCACGGAAUGUUGUUCCUUGGCAGAGCAAGGCCGAAUGGGACCAAGUGAUGGUGGGGCUGUAUUGUGAAGACUGCCACACACAACGAGAGGCACUGGACAGAGUGUCUGUCUGGAAGAGCAGGUUUGGGUCCAAGAUGCCUUUAGCUGUGGAAUGCACUGCAGAUCUGAUCCGUUGUAAGCUUCUAGAUGCCUCUGGAGUUCUGAAAUCCCAUGAACUGAUCCUGACCUAUGGCCUGGCUCUGGUGAGGUUUGUGAAUCUCAUCACCGAGCGGAAGCAGAAGAUGGUUACCAUUCCACUGAGGCAUCUAGCAAAAGAGCUGAACAUCCCAACCUGGAUUGUGGAUCUACGUCACGACUUAACACAUGGCACCCUUCCCCAGCUGGUAACUUGCCGAAAAGGUUGUGAUACUGUGCUGGACUGGCUGAGGCGCUCAUAUUGGAGUUGCCAACUUGGCAAUAAUUUAGUUAAAGAAGGUGAGGAAAGUGAAGAAUCAUCAGAAGUGGAUGGCGAAGAUGAGAUGGCCAGCAGUCAAGAAGAUUCAAAGAAGACGCCAGAUGAGCAGAAACAACAGGAACUCUGUGGAAAAGUCAGAGAUGUUUUGACUUCGUUUAAAAAUCAACAGCUUGAG